AGGAGGCCAAGAACCCCCACCUACCUGUCGUGGAGCUGCAGGAGUGGGUGUGCUGCCUACGAUGUUGGGCGUGUGGUCCCUACUUCUCCUCUGGGGUCUGGCGACUCCGUGCCAGGGACUGCUUGAGAUGGUGGGCACGCUUGCUCGGAUUGACCAGGAUGAACUCGGCAAAGCCAUCCAGAACUCUCUGAUCGGGGGGCCCAUUCUACAAAACGUGCUGGGCACAGUCACAUCAGUGAACCAGGGCCUCCUGGGCUCCACAGGCCUGCUCGGCGGAGGUGGCCUGCUGGGCUACGGAGGGGUUUUUGGUAUCGUUGAAGAACUCUCUGGGCUGAAGAUCGAGGAACUCACACUGCCAAAGGUGUCGUUGAAGCUGCUGCCAGGGUUUGGGGUGCAGCUGAAACUGCACAGCAAGGUGCGCCUGCAUGGCUCUGGCCCCCUGGGCGGCCUUCUGCAGCUGGCAGCGGAGGUGAACGUGUCGUCGCGGGUGGCUCUGGGCAUGAACGCGCGAGGUACGCCCAUCCUCAUCCUUAAGCGCUGCAGCACGCUCCUGGGACACAUCAGCGUGCUCUCUGGGCUGCUGCCUCCGCAGCUCUUUGGGGUCGUGGAACAGACACUCUUCAAGGUGCUGCCGGAACUGCUGUGCCCUAUGGUGGACAGUGUGCUACGUGUGGUGAAUGAGCUGUUGGGGACUGUGCUGGGUCUGGUGCCCCUUGGGGCUCUUGGGUCUGUGGAAUUCACUCUGGCCACCCUGCCUCUCACCUCUAACCAGUACAUAGAGCUGGACAUCAACUCCAUCGUGAAGAGCGCAGCUGGUGACAUAAUCGAUUUCCCCAAGCCCCCCAAACCCAUCAAGGUGCCUCGCAAGGAGAACCACACGUCCCAGGUGACCGUGCCUCUGUACCUCUUCAACACCAUAUUUGGGCUCCUGCAAACCAACGGUGCUCUUGACAUAGACAUCACCCCAGAGCUGGUUCCCCGCAAUGUGCCAUUGACAACUACGGACCUCGCGGCGUUUGUCCCUGAGGCCCUGGCGAAGUUGCCCCCAGACCAGCAGCUCCUGCUCUCGCUGCGGGUGAAGGAAGCACCUACAGUCAUGCUCCAGAACAAGAAGGCCACAGUCUCCAUCCCAGCCAACAUCCAUGUGCUGUCCUACCUCCCUGCAGGGACCCCUGAAGCUCUCUUUGAGCUAAAUGGGGUUAUGACUUUAAAUGCCCAGCUGACUCCUUCCGCCGCGAAGCUGCAUCUAUCACUGUCCCUGGAACGGCUCAGUGUCAAGCUGGCCUCCUCCUUUGUCCACACCUUUGAUGCAUCUCGUUUAGAAGAAUGGCUCAGUAGUGUGGUCCGGGUGGCAUAUGUGCCGAAGCUCAAUGUGGAGCUGGAUGUGGGGAUUCCCCUGCCGAAGGUUCUCAAUGUCAAUUUUGCCAGUGCGGUCCUGGAGAUCAUAGAGAAUGCUGUUGUGCUGACCGUGGCAUCCUGAGGCUGAGAGAUGGCCACCAUCCCUCCCUGUUGACUGCCAGAGUCCUUCCACCUGCCUACUCUGCCUCAAUUUCCCUACCAGUCUCUAGCCUAUGUUGGUGACAGUAUAAGUGUCCCUUAUCCACCCAGGCCCAUGCAUGUGCUCUGGCCCUGCAGCUCAGCCCUAGUCUGGGGACUGCAGGGCACCCACAGGACUCUGCUUCAGAGAGAGCUCUGGGGCCUCGGUGGCCA